GCCGUUGUUGUGGAGGGGCCGGUCAAGAUGGCGGCCGGGCAGGGGGGCGGCGGCGGCAACAACGGGACCGGCAGCGGGAGCGGGACGGCGCCCGGGAGCGGAGCGGCGGGGCUCGGGAUCCCCGCGCACCUGACCCUCUCCUUCUCGUCCGGGCCGCACUGGGGCGCGGCAGCUCUGCCGCAGUCGCACACGGUGCGCAGCCUGGAGCGGGCCCUGGAGGAGGCGGGCAGCUCGGGCAUCCUGUGCCUGAGCGGGAGGAAGCUGCGCGACUUCCCCGGCAGCGGCUGCGACCUGAGCGACACCACGCAAGCAGAUCUUUCAAAGAACAGAUUUACUGAAAUUCCUCCUGAUGUCUGGCUUUUUGCACCACUGGAAACUUUAAAUUUGUAUCACAACUGCAUCAAAUCCAUUCCAGAAUCUAUUAAAAACCUGCAAAUGCUUACCUACCUUAACAUUAGUCGAAAUCUUUUGUCAACAUUGCCAAAAUACCUGUUUGAUCUGCCACUGAAAGUUCUGGUUGUCAGUAAUAACAAGCUGGUCUCCAUUCCAGAAGAAAUUGGAAAGUUGAGAGAUCUAAUGGAGUUGGAUAUUAGCUGUAAUGAACUUCAAGUUCUUCCCCAGCAAAUAGGAAAAUUGCAGUCACUUAGAGAAUUGAACAUUAGAAGAAAUAAUCUCCAUAUGUUGCCAGAUGAAUUAGGAGACCUUCCCUUGGUAAAGCUGGAUUUUUCUUGUAAUAAAAUUACAGAAAUUCCAAUUUGUUACAGAAAGUUACGUCACUUACAAGUUAUAGUUUUGGAUAACAAUCCAAUGCAGAUACCACCAGCACAGAUAUGUUUAAAGGGCAAAGUACAUAUAUUUAAAUUCCUCAGUAUUCAGGCGUGCCUCAGAAUAGAUAAAAAACCAGAUUCUUUGGAUCUUCCAUCAUUAGGUAAACGAAUCCCCUCCCAGCCACUCACAGACAGCAUGGAGGACUUUUAUCCCAAUAAAAAUCAUGGACCAGACUCUGGCAUUGGAAGUGAUAAUGGGGAUAAAAGGUUGUCCACUACAGAACCAUCUGAUGAUGAUACAAUCAGCCUUCACUCCCAGGUAUCAGAGUCAACAAGGGAACAGACAUUAAGGAAUGACAAUCACGUAAUGGGAAGUAAACUUGAUCCACAGAAAGACCAGGAGGCGUAUGACUACAUUGAUCCCAGUGCAGAGGAGGGAGCUCUUCCUGAGCAGGGAGAUGCACAGAUUGGCCCACUGCUGUCCUAUGUCAAGGAACGGGGAAAACAUCCUGAGAAAUCCCAGAAAAUAGAACAAAAUGAGGACUGGCGAGAUGAAAAAAGACUCCAGAAAGAGCAGCUGCUGGCUGAAGAUGAUGAGGAACUCAAAGAAGUGACUGACUUGAGAAAAAUAGCAGCUCAGUUGUUGCAGCAAGAACAAAAACACAGACGAAGGCCACUAAGCUAUAGAACUUCAUUCAGUGAGAAACUCUUCCAGAGGACCAGGGCGGCAGGACGUGCAUCAAGGCUUCUUAAUCAUUCAGUUUCAGUAAACACAAGGAACAGGCCAAAGCAGCCAAUGGAAUCUGAAAAAUGUGUCUCAACAAAUGAAGUGAAUUCCCCAGUGUCCCCAUACAGCUGGCAGCCACUGGAAAACCAGAAGGAUUCAAUGGAUGAGCAGCAUUGGCCAGAAACACAGCCAGUAAUCUGGCAGAAUGAAGAAAGAAGGAGAAGUAAACAAAUUAGAAAAGAGUAUUUCAAGUAUAAGUCUUCCAGAAAGAGUUCAAGUGGAAAUGAAAAUGAUGAGCAAGACAGUGAUAAUACUAAUGUGUCCCCACAGUCUCCUGUGUCGUCUGAGGACUAUGAAAGAACAGAUAGUAACACUCAUGGUCCAUUUGGUCUCAAACCAAGGUCAGCUUUCAGCCGUGCCUCACGCCAGGACUACGGUGCAGUGGAUCCUGGAUUUACUAUGAGGAGGAAAAUGGAACAUCUAAGGGAAGAAAGGGAACAAAUCAGACAGCUUCGCAAUAAUCUUGAAUCCAGGUUGAAGGUAAUUUUGCCAGAUGACAUUGGAGCAGCAUUGAUGGAUGGGGUGGUUCUUUGCCAUUUAGCCAAUCACAUAAGGCCACGUUCUGUUGCCAGCAUUCAUGUCCCAUCGCCAGCAGUGCCUAAACUCAGCAUGGCAAAGUGCCGAAGAAAUGUUGAAAACUUCCUUGAUGCUUGUAAAAAAUUGGGCGUUCCACAGGAGAGACUUUGCUUGCCCCAUCACAUUCUGGAGGAAAGGGGUCUGGUGAAGGUUGGCCUCACAGUUCAAGCUCUGCUUGAGUUGCCUGCAUUGAAAGUAUCUCAGCUUUCUUCCAUGUGACGUGACUUCUUGGCAGCUAGACAACUUCCCAUUUGCUCUGUUGAUAUGGAUUGCUCUGAGGCAGUUCAGCCUCCCACAUGGGAACACCCAAGCCAUCAAAAACUGAAAUCUGUCCAGAUGCUGUAGAGAGCCUUACUUUGGAGCUGUGUGUGAAAACCUUGGAGUCAGUUCACAGUUAAAAGAACAUAACUAUUCUUUUUUUUUCUCUUGUAAUUGGAUGUACAAAGAGAAUGUGGUAGCAUCAGGUUCUCUUUCUAGUUAGGUUAAAAGCUGCCAUUUAACAUCUCAGUGUUAGAGUUAAAUGCUGGAUUUCUUUUUUUACGUUGGAAAUGUUGUUUGAAUUACUUUGGAAAGUACAAAGCACACUCCCCGCGUCACUUUAAUUUUUCAAGUCAGUCAUUUGAUUUAAAGAUAAUACAAAAAUGUAGCAAUGGUAUGAUGGUAAAAACAUUGAGCAACUGAUCACUUGUAAUCCCUUUUCACUCUCUGAAAGCUUAAUAUUUGCAUUCUUUGUUUUUUGCACUCCUGAUUGUAACUUACGCACUUCUAACAUUGCCAGUAUUGAGUGUGAGUGUAUGGUGAUUACACAGAACAGGAUACAAUGGGAAAAGGACACAGUUUAUUGAGUUUUUCCAGUCUUCUAGGUUGGUGCCAAAUAUUUUUUUUCAGUUGUACUGUAGAUUGUUUACAUGUGAAGUGCCUGUGUAAUUGAUAACUCUUAAUAGUCUUAAACAUUUUUGAAAUUUCUUUGUUUAAAAUAGAUAAAAUGGAAAUUUUUUAAUAUUUUAAUAGUUUUUUUGUAAAAUCAGUAUGUGAAGAUUUAAGUAAUACUUCACUUUUUUGACGUUGGGUGUUUUAAGUUUGUUGCACAAUUUAAUUGGUUAUUUGUUGUCUAAUAAUUAGAAAAUACUGUAAAUACUUUUUAUUUAUGAUAUUUAAUUUGAUAAUACCUAAUUACUUUUGGUUUAAUGUAUUGUUGGACAAAAAAAAAGUUGUCUACUUUUCUUUGUUUGGGACAAACAAAUACACAUGAUGAAUAAGACAUGAGGACUAGUGAUUCAUACAGAGUAAUUUAGGACAUUUUGAUAAAACUGCCAAAAUCUCAGGUUUACGCUGUGAUGUUCAGGAUUUUGUGUAAUAUUGCUCCUGAUCUCACAUUACAUUUUUACAACAGGUAUAUCCAUAAUUUAGUUGGGAAGUAUCAGUGUUUUCUCUUUUUAGUGUUUGCAGGAUUUGUUGUGUAAUUUACUUGAGUGUGGCAUUAGCACACAGGUCAGUUUGUACAAAUGUCACUGUGCUGAGACAUUAGAUUGAUUGAUAAAUGUGAAGAAAAGAAAUUUCCACUGUGGUGGUUUUUUGAAACUUCUGAGUUUAUGUAUUUGUUUGUUUCUGCACAAAAUCUUGGUGUUUUGAGAACAUUUUGAAACCAUACACAGUUGAGUUCUCUAAACAAAUUGCAAAUAAUUUCAUCAUUUUGGUAGUAGAUCUGUUUGUAUUAAUUUGUUUUUCAUGACUAGGUAGCUCCAUUAAAAAAACAUUUUGACUGCCACAGAUUUUCUAUUUCAGGCUAAGUUAUUUUCAGUUGAGGGAUGUGUUUGCCAAGCAUGUGACAAAAUUUGGUUCUGCUCUUUCCAGUUGAUCAAGACCCCAUGUAAUAUAAUUCAUAAAAGAAUGAGGGGAGGAGUAUUGUGUAUUCCUUCUACUGUAGUACUUAUAGGUAAUAGCUGACAGGAAAAAUAACUUUUUUCUGAUGAUAAGUUUUAAAAACUUAUUUUUAAAUCCAUUGAAGCAAGUUGGUGUAUAUGUAAUAGUUAAAAUCCUCUAUUGUUCAUAUAGUGUUGUCUUAAAAUACAGCUUAUGGAGAGGCUGGUGUAUAAAUUAAUUUGCAAAGUCCUAGAUAUAAAUCUUAGGUUAGGUAAAUAUGUGUUUAAGGAAACUGGAUUGCUUUGACAUUUGAAAUAUCGUAUUUCAAAUCUAUCUCUAAUUGGUUUUUAUAUCUCUUCUUAAUGGUUAUUUUAACACCUUCAAUCUCUGUUUUCAUUAAAGGCAUUAUCUGAAAAGUCAUGCAAAAACUAAUGAAAAAGUUAUAAUUCACUAAGCAAAAUGCUUGCCUGCUAUAUUUGAAGGACCCAGCCAUUCAAAAAGAAUAAAUCCUUGUCUUUCAUGUCACUGUUGUUGCUACUACCAGAGCAAAGUUUUAGUUCAGUGUUAGCCAUGCAAGUGCUAACUAUAAAUUGUCAGUUAUCUGAAAACUGGUCUCCACUGCUAUUUCAUUGUCAUAUUUAAAUACAUUUUCUGAUCUUAAAAUAACUUCUUUCCUUUUUGAACUAAUUUUACUGAGUUAUAUCACAGUGUAAACAUUAAGAAUUCCCUUAAUGUAGCAUGGCAGCUGCUUACCAGUUAGGGAUUUUUAAGGUCUUCUUAGUAAGUUGAAAACUGGGUAUGAAACUUAUGUACUCAUUUUAAACUGAAAACUACUAAAAUAUUGUUUGGUUGGUUGGUUUUAGUACUCUGAAGUUCUUCCCACAGACAUGCUAGCAACAGUCUUGCUUUGACAUUCCUUGGAAAUUAUUGUGGCUACCUUCUUACUUAUGGGGACAGAUAAUCACGAUUCUUCCAAGGCUUCCCUUUUAGUAUGGCAAAGAUUAAAGCCUUCAGCUACUCUUAGGAGUAGUCUGAGAAAUGAUCCACAGUGCUUGGAUGAAUCUCUCUCACAUCUCUAACUGCUUUUACAAAUAAUAAUCAUUAUCUAAAGCCUUCCUAACAUUGGCUUGUACCCACUGUGAUUUCUUUAAGAGCAAUUUCAAAUAUGAUGCUAAAAAGAUUUGAAUUUUAAGUUUUCAUUUCCAAGCAGCCUGUGGAAAUAUUGUGUCUCCUCUGUACAAGAAUCUGCAUACUCUGCUGCCUUUUCCCUUUCCUUUUGAUUCCCAACAUCUUACUUUUUGUGCAUUCUCAGAUCUAGUGCAUUUUUGUUGUUGGGUAACUCUGGGCCACUUUCCUCCUUCUUCUUUAAUUUUUUAAGAAAUGGUUCCAGUGGCAUUGGUGAACUAUUGUGAUUCCAGAAUCCCUGCUUCAAACAUUUGCAAUGUUUGAGAUACCCUUUUCUCAUUUUGUUUAGGAUGUGAUGCCAUCACUUUGUACUGGUAUAGCUGAUAGGAUUCUUAAAAACAGAGUCCUGCUCAGUUCUUGUUGCACUUGGUCAGUUUUCACUUUACGACAUGAAGAAAAGUUAACAUUAAAAGCUUUAGGAAGCUGCAUUAAGUUUUCCUGAUGAACUUAAGAGUUAACUGCAAUAAUGUGGCAUGAACUGUAAAUUACAGAGUGAAUCAGCGUAGUGGCUGAGCUUCUGUCCUCGUGUAUUUUUUCUGUUUUAUGUCACUGGAUGCAGCAUGUCACACAUGACUGAUCUUUCACUUGAGCAAUAAUGUCCCAGAUAUGGUGAGGUCUUAAAGCAGUGACAGUAAAAUAAUUGUUGUGAAGUGUGGUGCCUUCCCAGAGAGUAUCUCAGAAAUGCUUCACAUCUGUUCUCCAACACUCCUAAUCCAGUGUGCCCACUGGGGCAGUGCUGGGGAUGCAGAAACCAUCUAGACCCCUUUAUCUGGAGGCCUUCCAAAAUCUAACCAAGAACUAUGAGCAUAAAAUAGGGAGCAAUUGAUUUGAAACAAUAAAUAACUGACAUGAAUCGUAAGAAUUUCUUUUUUAAAAAAUCCUGGCCUUACUGAAGUCAAGGCAAGUUUUAGCCACGACUUCAGUAAGUUCUCGCCUUUUUGAUUUGUGGAACACCUGAGCUGGAGACCAUAGCAAACAUGGCUUAAACUUGUUUGACACUAGCAAACUUUAGCGUCAGAUUUUUGACUAAAACAGUGAUCUCUGGUAAGUCAGAUGAAGUUGCAAAAUGUUACAUGGAUUCAUUUAAUAAAAAUUUUCUGAUAAGCCAAAUACAGUAUUGAGAUGGUAGGAAAAAUUACGUUGUGGUGAGGUGGGAAGCUGUAUGAUCUCAAUAAAAUUGUAGGCGAGGACCACUAGUUUUUUACUGCACUAAAAACUUUAUUUCAAAUAUCAUAUCAUUUAGUGACAGUUUCCUCAGAUUUUGACAUAAAUCUGUAGCCAAAUCCAAACAAAAAUGAAGACGUGUUUUCACUAAAACGGAACUUCCAUGUGUUAUGUUGGUACUGAAGAGAAGGACGAAGGUCUGGCAGUUCUUCCUUCUGCUGGUUCCUUAAAUGUUUGUUUGAAAGGCUGAUUCCACUGGUUUCAACUGACAGCAACCUGUGGGAGUUUUUAGCACUUCGGCAGAUAGGAGAUGUGAUUUGGUAUUGGUAAAUCAAAUGUCACUUUUUCCUCACCAAGUCAGGCUAAUGUCUGUGUUUCUUUUGGAGGAUCUCUACUUGAAAAGCAAAAGCAAAAACACACUCCAACAUAAACAAAUUUGGAAUUAAAAAAAAGUCAUUAAGACCAGGAAUGGGAAAGGCAAAGUAUAGUUGUCUUAGCAGAGAAAGAAGGACGUGUUUUGUAGCUGAGGGACGUGGAUCCUUGAGUGCAUGGAUCUUUCAGUAGAGCUUAGAACAACAAGGAAUUUGUCAUCUUUGGUUUGGGUAGCUGUGUUCCAGUGCUGCAGGAAGAGUGGCUGGUGGUGCAGAGAGCACUGCCCGUGCCCAGCCCUGGGCAGGGAACCUGGCAUGUGCCACUUGUGAUCCCCUGGUUUUGUGCCAUUGUCUGUGCAUGACAACUGCUGACAGAAACACCUCCUGGCUCUUAAAGAGAUGCUGCAACCUGAACAAAAACACUGAGUGAUAACUUUGAGAGUAAUCAAUAAUAGAUGUUUACCAAUAUUUAACUUGGUAAGUGACAGCAGUGAAUGAUGUAGUAAAGCAGAGGAAGCUUUUGCUCUGGGAACUACAGACCUUUCCUGAUUGAAAAUUGCACCAUGGCUCUGAACAGGUUCAUGUGGCCCUCGUGCACUUCCAUGAGGGAAUGAAAACAGCAUUACUGGGUUUGUUCCAUGUGCAACACACUGGGUUGUGUGUAAUUAAUUCAUUUACAGAGAGAGGAAAAGGUGAACUGUAUUCUUAAUGAGGAAUGUUAUGGUACAGGUUUGUUUUGUAAAAUACGAAGAUAAAUUUUCUUCCUGUGAAGAAAAAUCCUGCUGAUCUUCACUGGUUAAAUAGAGAAUAUAUGUGAUUAAUUGAAUUUUAGUUUAAACUUGCCGCUGCACAGGAGCAGUUCUGGCUCCUCUGUUUGUUAAUAAAAAGCCCUUUGCUUUAUUUGUCUUUAUUGUACAAUUUUGGCAACAUAUUAUCAUAAAAUUGUGGUUAUAUGAAGUGCUUGUUCCCUCAUUGGGUUUGACCAUUUUUUUUCAGCAUGAGAGGCAAUAAUGGGCAGUGAAAUUGCUGCAAGGUACCUGAUCAGUUUCUAGGGAAGGACCACCAGUUAUCAUAAAAUGACAUGUAAUCAAUCAUUUUUAGUUCAAAUUAUAUAUAGCCAGUUACAUUUUCAAAAAACUAUUUUCAGAGCGUUUUUUACAUUUUAGAGUCCUAAUCUUAAAACAAGCAAAAACCAAAACUUUUUUCCAUGGUUACUCUAGUAUCUCAGCAAAUUCUAAAGGAGAAGAAUAGCUCAGACUGACAGCAAAUUUAAUUGUUGUGAAAAAAUUUUGAUUUUGGCAGUGUUAAAUUUGUGGUUGGACUUGAUCAGUUCAGUCUUUUCCAACCUAAAUGAGUCUAUCAUUGUAAGACUUCAGUGAGACCAGAAUUUCCCUCCAGAGUUUUGUAACUCAGUUACAACAUAAAGUCAGUCAUUUAAAGUAAAUUCUUGGCACUAAGGAGGGUUUCCUCACUUCAUUCAAAGUUGUGUGAAGUAAGGCAAACGUAACUUUUUCCAUCAUAGUUUUAUGAAGGCAGAUUGUAAAAUACAGCAUAUUUGGAAAUGCCACAAGGGUAUUUUUUUGCUUUGUUUAAUUUUAAAAUGAGUGAACCAGUGAACUAUUUCCAAAAUUACUGUAUUUGCGUAGGGUUUGGUUGUGCCAUAGCUGGCACAGGAACUUGCAGUAACUGUUCAGUAUUAAUAUGUAUUCUGAAGUUGUGCAAGACUGUGUCUUCACAUGCAGAUGUUGAUGCAGUUGUGUUUGCUGAAGGGAUGUGUUACAUGGAGCAUUCCUGCAGCCAUGGGAUUUCCUGGCUGCAGCUGUUCUUGGCUGUUGGCACCAGCAGCAAAGCAAGGCUGAGAUUCCCAGGAGGAGCAUACACAGGUGUAGUGAAAAAGGGUGCAUUGGUGGAAUACAUUGGGAAUAAUGUGUAUGCUUUUUACUAUGAUGUAAUGUCUAGAACAAUGAAAAUGUGAUUGCUUUACAAUUAUCAUUCAGUUGGUAUUCAGUUACUUUAUUUUGUAACUUGUCGUUAUAAAACUCAGAAGAUGCAAUGUAACCAAAUGGUCAAUAUGUAAAUGUGUGCAGGAUGUGGCAGAAGUAGUUCUGAGGGCACAGAUGAAGAGUGAUCAUUAAAAAUAGAUGCUCAAAUUGUGUAUAUACUUGCAAAACUUUUUGAUAGUGCAUUUCAAUUGAUUUCACAUUUCAUGUUCUUGUAAAGUGCAUCUUUCACACUUUUGAAGAUUGUCUACUUGUACUAUACUGUAUUAAGCCUUUUUUUAGGAUUUCCAUUAUUGCUGGAGCUUCCAACAUACAUGUUUCUUUCAAAAAAUGCUCUUACUGUUAUUUCUUUUUGUAAAUAGUGUUUUGUAUUAAAUUUGCAUGGAUAAAACCCACAUUUCCAAAACCAGUGUACAUACGCUGUGUAUAAAAUACAAACUGUUUCAUAAUUUUCAUGUAGUCAAGUUAUUCAAUUUGCUUUCAUUUCAGUUUAUAUAUUUGUAGUAAAUAAUGAGAAUUUGUUGUA